AUGCAUUUGGCAGCUUUUAUGAGAUUUCCCCUGCUGGCAGCAGACAUCGCUGCUCUCUGCAGGGUGAGGGCCCUUAGGGGUGCCUCUGUGUCACUCCAGCCCCGCACGAUGGCCAGCGCAGCUGGGAUCCCCACCUGGGAAAACGUGUACAUCAACGGCCAGUGGAGUCGACCUGCCUCGCCGGAGAAGUUUUGCGAUGUGAUCGAUUCCAACACUGGCAAGGUUUGCGCGCGCGUGCCCGCUGGCGGUGCAAAGGAUGUGGAGAAGGCCGUUGCUGCGGCCCGCGAGGCGUUUCCUUCCUGGGCAGAAAAGCCCCUCGACGAACGCAAGGCGAUCUUGCUCAAAGUCUUGGAGACGUGGCAGGGCAAGAAGGCUAAGGCCACGGAGUGGCUCUGCAAAGAGCUGGGCUGCACGGCAGCGUUUGCCAAGAACGUGCAGGUCAACAUGGUUGACUUCCACCUCGGGACCUGCUUGAAGCUUGUCGACAUGGUCAAGUUUGAGGAGAGGAUGGCAUUCGGAUCGCUGGUUGUGCGCGAACCUAUCGGCGUGGUUGGCUGCAUCACCCCAUGGAACUAUCCGCUGAACCAAAUUGCUGCUAAAGUCUUCCCAGCGAUGUUGGUGGGUUGCACCAUUGUUCUGAAGCCGAGCGAGGUGACGCCUGUUUGUGCAUACCUCCUUGCGGAGGCUGUGCAUGAGGCCGGAGUUCCCGCAGGCGUGUUCAACAUGCUGAUGGGUGAUGGACCCAACUGUGGAGAGGCUAUUGCAGCCCAUCCCGGAGUCGACAUGGUCAGCUUCACAGGCUCCACGCGUGCAGGCAAGCGGAUCUCCGAGGUGGGCGCGCAGACCUUGAAAGUGGUCCGCACAGAGCUGGGUGGAAAGAGCGCUGCAUUGCUGCUGGAGGAUGCAGACCUCCCCAAGCUGGUCCCCAAGUUCAUGCAGACUUUGAUGAACAACAGCGGCCAGUCCUGCAAUGCACUGAGCCGGAUGCUGGUUCCGCGAAGUCGUUACGACGAGGCUGUGGGGAUUGCGAAGCAGGUUGCGGAGCAGACCACGGUCAGCUUUGCACAGGAUGACAAG